UUUGGCACGCUCCUUUGCCCUUUCACCCAUGAUGCAGCGGCAAACAUGUCCGUGUGUGUUCAACAAUGCUAGCCAAGAUGUCUUAAAGUUGGGAUUAUAGAGACUCCACUUCAUUGCGUUUCUAUUGCAACUGGAGAAAUUUCAUAUUUUCUCAUAUUUAAUGUGCGACGACUGAGGGAAAAUGACGUCCAUUAUAAAGCUGACAGCCGUCUCAGGGGUUCAGGAGGAGUCGGCGCUUUGUUACCUGCUGCAGGUGGAUGAAUUCCGCUUUCUCCUGGACUGUGGCUGGGAUGAGAACUUCUCUGUGGACAUCAUUGAUGCUAUGAAAAGAUAUGUUCAUCAGGUUGAUGCUGUGCUGCUCUCCCACCCUGACCCUAUACACCUGGGAGCUCUGCCAUACGCUGUGGGCAAACUGGGUUUAAACUGUACUAUAUAUGCCACAAUUCCUGUCUAUAAGAUGGGUCAGAUGUUCAUGUAUGAUCUGUAUCAGUCUCGAAACAACAGUGAAGAUUUCACUCUCUUCACUCUUGAUGACGUGGACUGUGCUUUUGAUAAAAUCCAGCAGCUGAAAUACUCUCAGAUUGUCAACCUGAAAGGUAAAGGGCAUGGUCUCUCCAUCACACCGCUUCCAGCUGGUCACAUGAUAGGAGGCACCAUUUGGAAAAUUGUGAAGGAUGGGGAAGAGGAGAUUGUUUACGCUGUGGACUUCAACCACAAGAGAGAGAUUCACCUGAACGGCUGCACACUGGAGAGCAUCAGUCGUCCUUCCUUACUUAUUACAGACUCCUUCAAUGCUACAUAUGUGCAGCCACGUCGUAAACAAAGAGAUGAGCAGCUCCUUACUAAUGUGAUGGAGACCCUCCGUGGUGACGGUAAUGUCCUUAUUGCCGUGGAUACAGCUGGGCGCGUGUUGGAGCUGGCUCAGCUCCUGGACCAGAUUUGGAGGACAAAGGAUGCUGGGCUGGGAGCUUACCCGCUAGCUCUGCUCAACAAUGUCAGCUACAAUGUGGUGGAGUUUUCCAAGUCCCAGGUGGAGUGGAUGAGUGACAAGCUCAUGAGGUGUUUUGAGGACAAGAGAAACAACCCAUUCCAGUUCCGUCACUUGACCCUGUGCCACAGUCUGGCAGACCUGGCCCGCGUACCCAGCCCCAAGGUGGUGCUUUGCAGCCAGCCAGACCUCGAGUCUGGCUUUUCUCGGGAACUCUUCAUCCAAUGGUGCCAAGACACCAAAAACUCCAUCAUCCUGACCUACCGCACUACACCUGGAACCCUAGCCCGCUACCUCAUCGACAACCCGGGAGAGAAGAUGCUGGACUUGGAGGUGAGGAAGAGAGUGAAGCUGGAAGGCAAAGAGCUGGAAGAAUACCUUGAAAAGGAGAAAAUAAAGAAAGAAGCGGCUAAAAAACUUGAACAAGCAAAAGAGGUGGAUGUAGACUCCAGUGAUGAGAGCGAUAUGGAUGAUGAUUUGGAUCAGCCAGCUGCAGUUAAAAACAAACACCAUGACUUGAUGAUGAAGGGCGAGGGGAGCCGCAAAGGCAGUUUCUUCAAACAAGCCAAAAAGUCUUAUCCAAUGUUCCCCACACACGAGGAGAGGAUCAAAUGGGACGAGUAUGGGGAAAUAAUCAGGCUAGAGGAGUUUCUGGUUCCUGAGCUGCAAGCCACAGAGGAGGAGAAAAGCAAACUGGAAUCUGGGUUGACCAACGGUGAUGAACCUAUGGACCAGGACCUCUCAGUUGUUCCCACCAAAUGUAUCUCCAGUAUAGAAAAUCUAGAAAUUAGAGCGAGGGUAACAUACAUAGACUACGAAGGUCGCUCCGAUGGCGACUCCAUCAAAAAGAUUAUAAAUCAGAUGAAGCCCAGACAGCUCGUGAUCGUUCACGGGCCGCCCGAAGCCAGCCUGGACCUGGCCGAGUCCUGCAAGGCUUUCAGCAAGGACAUCAAGGUCUACACACCCAAGUUGCAGGAGACCAUAGACGCCACCAGUGAGACACACAUCUACCAGGUGCGGUUGAAAGACUCCCUGGUGAGCUCUCUGCAGUUCUGCAAGGCCAAAGACACGGAGCUAGCGUGGAUCGACGGUGUGCUGGACAUGCGCGUGGUGAAGGUGGACACGGGCGUGAUGCUGGAGGAGGGCAUGAAAGAGGAGGUAGAGGACGGGGACCUGACCAUGGACAUCGCCCCCGAUCUCGGCAUCGAUCACAGCGCCACGGCAGUGGCAGCACAGCGAGCCAUGAAGAACCUGUUCGGAGAAGAUGAGAAGGAGCUGUCUGAAGAGAGCGAUGUCAUUCCCACGCUGGAGCCGCUGCCUCCACACGAGAUUCCAGGGCAUCAGUCGGUGUUCAUCAACGAGCCUCGCCUGUCUGACUUCAAGCAGGUCCUGCUGAGAGAGGGCAUCCAGGCCGAGUUUGUGGGAGGAGUGCUGGUAUGCAACAACAUGGUGGCAGUUCGCAGGACGGAGGCCGGCCGCAUUGGCCUGGAAGGCUGCCUGUGUGACGACUACUAUAAGAUCCGGGAGCUGCUGUAUCAGCAGUACGCCGUGGUAUAGCAGCAGCAGCCGCAGCAGCAGCAGCAGUGGAGCAUACCAUGGCAAUACAGAGACAAUCCUUUAUGAGAACUUUACCCAGAGGACAAGAGUGUACCACUACACUUGGGCUACCUCUGCCCCAUGGGCGGCUCCAGCUGUUACACUGCAAAUCUUGUUGUAUAUUUUCCAUUUUAUAUUUUUUUUCCAGAUAACAAUGUUUUUUUUUUUUUUGUAGUUGUUAGUUUACCUCUGCAGAGUGAGAGGCAGAUGCUUUUCCCUGGACUGACCUCUGUCUGAACAGACUAAAUCUCAUACCUAAAACUCCUCCCACUGUACAGUAACAUCCUCAUGCACUGGAUGAACAAAUAUUAUGUCAUUAAAAACACUUCUGUUUUUUCUUUUUCAAA